AUGAGCACACCGAUAGACUCACUCCCGCAGGCAGAUGCUAGCGAAGCAUCAGCGUCAGCUCCUGCUCCUCAAGCUACUGGCUUAACAGAUACACCCCAACCUUCAGCCUCCACAUCGACAUCGAUAAAUACUCCUGGUCCCACAGAAAUGGAUGUGGAAGCAGAAGGAGGUAUAAAAGUCUAUAAACCUAUAUCAGAAACAACCACAGCAACACCUAAGACCGAACCUGACGAAUCCUUCUUCGAACCUACCCUCGCAGACGUACAAUCCCACCAUUCUUCCGUACUUGCUAGGAACAAACGUCUGAAUGAGGCUCCGCUCUUGACGGCCAAGUAUAGAGAGGCGGAGAAGGCUGAGAGGGAGAAGUUGAAGAAGGAUAGAUGGCCUAAUACCACGAUUAGGAUCAAAUUUUCUGAUGGGACUAUCAUACAAAACAUAUUCCCAAGUGAUUCUCCUAUACAACCUGUCUAUGAAUUCAUUCGAACGGCUUUGAUAGAAGAGGCGAUAAAUAAACCAUUCAUACUUUACCAACCUCCCCGAACUAAAUAUCCUGAACAUUCCAUCCCAACCCCAACCUCUUCUACCCAAUCUAAAACCAAACCAAAACCGACUUAUGCCAAAUCAUCUAUAAUCACUCCAGCAAAUUACGGUCCGGUGAAAGGAGGGACAUUACAAGGUCUGCAAGGCGGUACGGGAGGUAAAGAGACGUUGUAUGAAUUGGGAUUGGUACCACAGAGUGUGUUGUUGGUAAGAUGGGAAGAUGAUGAGGCUAUGAAUGGAAGCUCUUACCCUGCUCCGAUCCAAGAUCACUUAAAAGCAAAAUCACAACCCCUUCCACCUUCUGUCCCUAAAUCAGAAUCGAAUUCGUCGAAUCAGCAGAAAGGUAAUUCCAUCCCGGGGCCGGGACAAGCAUCAACAGGGACAGGUGAGAAAAAAAUACCAAAGUGGCUACAGAAAGGUCUACUCAAGAAGAAGACUUGA